UCUCCAGGAGGAGUUUGAGAUCAUCAGGAACAACUUCCCCUACCUCAGCAAGUUUGGAGAACUGGACAAAAACCAAGAUGGGCAGAUCAGCCGGGAAGAGAUGAUCGACUACUUCAUGAAGGCCAGCUCUCUGCUCAACUGUAAGAUGGGCUUCAUCCACACCUUCACAGAGACCACCUACGUCAAACCCACCUUCUGUGAACACUGCGCUGGCUUUAUAUGGGGCUUCUACAAACAGGGAUACAAGUGUAAAGCGUGUGGAAUUAAUUGUCACAAGGCGUGUCGAGGUCGCCUGGCUGUGGAGUGUCGUAAACGGACCAAGAGCAUCAGCCAUGAGCAUGCCCCCUCCCUUCAGGCUCGCUCCUACAGCUUCCCCCCCCCGGCCAACACCCCACCCAGCCUACAGAACACAGUGAUUGUAGAGGAAGAUCUCCAGGCAGUGGAGGAAGGUGUGUUUGAUGUCCAUCUAUAACCAGAUGAUAACCAAUAGGCAGGCCUGGCCUGUUAUGUCCCUUCAGAAGUCCUGCGUACUCUGGCAUUCAUACAGCCAAACACUGCCAGGAGGAAACAACAGUAGUCGGGAGCCAGAAGCCUGCUGGGGUCUGUUCAGCAGGGUACAACGUUACAUAGCGCAGAUAUAAAUGUAUCAUCUAGUACAGAUAUGAUUGUCUGUCGUGUAGAAGAGGGAGUCGUUUCAGCUCUAUCUAUUCCAUUUCUAUCUGCAACAUUCAGACUGCCAUUAGGUAGAACAGAUAUGAUUGUCUGUCGUGUAGAAGAGGGAGUCGUUUCAGCUCUAUCUAUUCCAUUUCUAUCUGCAACAUUCAGACUGCCGUUAGGUAGAACAGAUAUGAUUGUCUGUCGUGUAGAAGAGAGAACGUUGUCCACUUUAUUCAAGGCAUGUCACUCACACACAGAGCGAGAGAGAGAGAGAGAUGCCGCCACAUAGUGGAAAAAUACUGCAAAUGCAUACCUUACAUUUACUCAAGAUUUCAACUCCCUCAAUUUAAGUGAAUUUGUACGAAAUGUCUUUCUGUGUUAAAUCUAUAUUUUAAAAUCAGUACGUAGGCCCAUGUUUUCAUAUCUUUCAUAUCAUAAAAUCCCAUUGUGUUUAAUGUAAUGUUAUUACCUUCAAGUCUAAGUGGUAUGUUUCAGCUCUGCAUUUAGCUACCUGUUGUUAUUAUUAUGUCUAUAUUAAUAACCUAAACGAUGUCUCUCCAAAAUAUAAGAGGUGCUGUUAUUGCCAAGAAAGAAUGCAAAGGCUACAUGCCACCUGGACUUCCAACUGCUUUCUCUGGAAAAAAAGCUUUGCUUUGUCGGAGUAGCUUGGUAUCUUGCUUCUUUGUAAACGUUAUGGGAGAAACUUUAAAACACACGGUGUGUUCGAUGUCAGAGAUGAAACGUAUCAGCUCCAGAACUACUGCUGCUUUCGUGGAUUGGGUAUCAAACCGCUAUCUAUCACAACAACAACAACAACUCAUAUGGACUGUGGAGCGUACAUCCUGAAUUUGAAUAGCAUUUGAAUGCUGUUGUAUUUUUGUCCUCCUGUUUACCUGAAUAUCAAUGCUUUUCCUAUGGUAAUUUGACUGUGGUGUGUGUAUGCACGGUAUACUGUUGUAAUACUGUUAUGUUUCAGUGCACCGACACGGGACCUUUCCUCUCUCAGUAACUUUCAAUGUAGUUUGAAACGGUGAAUGUUACACAUUGUCCUGAGAAUUGACAUCUAUUUUAACGUCUAUUUUAAUAUGAGACAUGUAAGUCUAUUGUCUUGUCAAGCAUGCUUCAAGGGGAUCCACAUUUGCCAAAAUGUCUCAAGUGUAUUUUUAAUGUCGCACGUAUAUUUCUUUUUUUUAAUGGCAACAUGAAAUCCUGUAGGCGAGAGACUCUCCUCAAUAUAUUAGUUUGUGGUCUGUAUCCUCUGAGGGUCAGUCCCACAAUGUUAGCUGUUUAUGUAUCUUUGAAUGAAGUACUUCCUCUGGCUUUCAUUAAUACUGUAUAGUAUAUCCUGCUUCUUUACUUAUGUCCAAAACUAAACUGCCAGCCCUACCAUGGCAGUUUCUCCUGGACAAGGGUAUAAUUUGUUACAGUAAGGGAACUAAUGCUUUAAUCUGAUGUCAUGUUGGUAACUCUGUGGACAUGUCUCUGCUGUUUCUGUGUUAAAUGCAGAAUGCAUCACUCUGCUAUUUGUUUGAAGAAAGAUGUACAACAUGAAGGACUAAUAGCACAGCAACCCAGUGACGCACCGUGUGUGUUUGUGACUCUUACAGAAUCCAUGCCCGCCACACAUUCCUUGUCUAAAGAUUAUAUCUAACCCACUUUCCCUACCAUCAUAUAGUUGCUUGACGUCCGGUAUUGGAAUUCUUAACCAGCCGGCCAUGCGCUCUGUUAUUACCAAAGAAACUAAGGGCUCUAUUCAAUCCGUAUUGCAGAAGUUACAGCGUGAUUGAAAUUUAAAGGCAAUGUUCCCGCGUUAGCCAAGACUGCAUUCACCUUAAACGUAGUAUGUGCCGACUCAAUCGGAAAUUAAGUUUGCAUUUCUAUCGGGCAAUCUGUAACGCUCCAGCUUCGCCCUCAUGUGGGUGCUAGCAAGCAGGCAAGGUAGUGCUAGAUACCAACAUCCAAUCAAGUCGUGUCUGGAAGCUAUAGUGAGCUUUGCUUGGACAAUAGCGUUGCGAUAGCGCAGAGUAUUUGCAUAAAGUUCAGCUUUCCCCAACUUUGGUCCUGCCUUGUUCACGCUCCCUCGACCAUGUUCGCAUCGCCCAACAGUCCCCC